AUGUCUUCUUUCGGAUUGCCUCCUCUCCCUCUCCCUCUCAAAUCAAUAUCACCUUAUCUGCAGCGAGCAGCUGAACUACACCAAAAAGAUCCUGUGAUAGCGUAUUGGUGCGCUUAUUAUGCUGCUCAAGUGGGUAUUUCACUGAAGGCGAAGGACAAUGCUUCACGGAUGCUUUUGCUCGAACUCCUUGAUGUAUUGGAGAAGCUAAAGAGAGAGAUCGGUCCUAACGAUGCUAUUGACACAGAGUCUGUCAGCGCAGCAUACGUCGAAAACUUCGCACUCAGGGUGUUUAGUGUUGCGGACGAUGAAGAUAGAAGUGGUAACAGUACCAGAUCUACCGCGAAGAAGUUUCUUGCUGCUGCUAACUUUCUCGAGAUUCUGAAGACAUUUCCGAAGACGGAGCUCACGGAAGCGACAGAAGGGAAGAUCAGAUAUUCCAAGUGGAAGGCGGCAGACAUUGCCAAAGCUUUUCGGGAGGGCCGUAAACCUACUCCUGGCGCAGCUGGCGAGCAGUCAUCGCAACCGGUACUCGAAUUGUCUGAGGUCUUACCCACCUCGACGAGAACAGAAACUGAUGAGACCUCUGCGGCAUCCACCAUGUCAUUUGGAAUUGACACGAAUCCUUCCUUGAAAUCAGCUUCUCUCACAUCUUCACCCCAUUCACGUCUUUCGCCUCUCAUCAAACGUUCCUCACCGCCGCCUGUUCUAGACGAACUUCCUCCCCCGCAACCGUUUACUCCACCUCGUACACUCUUAGGAGUUGAUCCUCACACCCUCGAACCCACAUCCCCCGGAAACUGGAGUACAGCGGCCACUCCUGGAGCCGGCACUGUACGAGGAACUCCUACUGAUGAUUCACCUAUGCCUUCUGCUUUUACUGGAAAUUCCUGGCCUCCGGAAUCUCCAACACCAGAUACGAGAAACAAAAAUCGAAGAGGAAGUCAGAGUAGCGCUGGCUCUACUGACAGUGCCCAGUCCUCUGGACUUGGGGGCACUGAAAGACAGAGGGCAAACAUGUCUCCGAGAAAGGUUCAUUUCUCUACGGAUACAACUUCCAUACAUCCGCCGUCUGCUAACGUGGCUCUUUUUCCUUCCGAUGCGAUCACACCGUCUUUUGUCCCUCCGCACCUGCCUUCGACGUCGUCUACGCACCAUCCUCCUGUCCCUCCUAACCUUCACUCUGAGAUACAGACUUUUCAAGCACCACCACCUUUAUCGGUUCCUAAUACUAUCCUACCGUUGAUCCCACCGCCCAUAGUUUCGCAGGAAGUUGAACUCACUCCCGCUGUUGUUGCCAAAGCACAGAAGCACUGUAGAUUUGCUAUUAGUGCGCUUGAUUACGAGGAUGCGGAGCAGGCUAAAAAGGAGUUACGCGCAGCACUUACUGCUCUCGGCGGCUGA